UCCCUUCGUUACCAAUUAUACCCAUUGAGCGUCGUAGGCUGAGUGCUUCACAUCCGAAGUUUACGAUGGCAGUGUAUUACGCCAGUUCCCCAGUGGUUCGCACACGUAGCGCCACUCCUCUGACUCCUGACAUCGGCAGAAUUGCUCCUAUUGGUUACUCUACCGGACAUAAAGCAACCAAGGACGUUGGCCAUGCCAGGACAUAUUUCAACCCUGCAAGGCAGCAGCUGUACAACCGCUUCUCUCACGGCGACUGGAGCUCCUCCAAUCAUGCUAACUAUCACAUGUCCGACCGUGAGCGUUCCUUCGCCGAACGUCUCCGUGCUGACGCCUGGCGGGCAGUGAAGGAGACCGACCACAGGACCAGAAAUAGACAGGCUGAUGUCACCAAGAGAUUGGGCGAGAGAGUGGAAGAUAUAGAUUUUUGGAAAAAAGAGCUCGUUAAUGAAUGUAGAGCUAUGGAAAAUGAAAUUGAAAAUCUGAAGGAGCACAAGAGGAUCUUGGAGAAGGCUUACAUGGACACUAACAACCCACUUCAUAUUGCCGAGGAAUGCCUGCUGCACCGUGAGAAGCGCCAGGGCAUUGAUAUGGUCCAUGACGACGUCGAGAGAUCCCUGAGCAAGGAAGUUCUCAUCAUCAAGAACUGUCAGGAGAGAAUGAGGAAGGUGCUGCAGAGAGCACACGCACAACUGAAGUUGGACCGUGCAGCCCUCCACGAGAUGGAGAAAGACGCCAAGGACAAACACCACGCCCAUCACCUUGACGACCGUAUGCACCAGCUUAGGAACACCUCCAUGGGCAUUGGCUACCACCCUGGCAUCGAGAACGUAGACAACACAAUCAGCGUCCCCCACACAUGGGUUAAGUUUACCCAGAACAACAUCCUGAGAUCACAGAAGGAGAGAGCUGCCUCAGAGCGUCUGCGUGGUGAGAUCGACGCUUGUCUGCGCGCUUGCGCCAAUGAGAUGUGGAACGUCUUCAACCACGUUAACAACUCUUUCAACAUGCGUAUCAGAGAAUCCACAGACGCCAGGAACAAACUGCAGGCCCAUCUCAACAGAACCAUGCAAGAGGUCUUCGACAUGGAGAAGAACAUCGAGCUGCUGCGUAAGGCAAUCCAUGAUAAGGAGGCACCAAUGAAGGUGGCCCAGACCCGGCUGGAUGAGAGGUGCAGACGACAGAACGUGGAACUUUGCAACGACCCAGUGAUGAGAACUCUGCAGAAGGAGGUGAAUGAGAUCAGAGAGUCCGUCCGCUACCUGAAGGAGAAGCUGAGACAAUCCGAGAUUAGCUUAGCUCGCCUGAUGAAGACCAAGUCGACCUUGGAACACGACAUCUCUGUGAAGGAGAACUCCCUAUCCAUCGACUCCAAGGCGUGCAUGGGAAUGAGGAAAGGGUUCCCAAUGGAUCCUAAAGUCGGACCUAUCUUUAACAUGCCCCUGGCUCAAAUCUAAAGAAUCUUCUAUUGUAAGACUGUAUUGAUCUCUCAUCAGUGCUAUAUGUAUAAUGUGCACAGUAUUAAUAUCAAUAUUAUUAUUAUUACGGUUAUUCAAUUUGAUAAUUGCUCAUGCUCAAUUUGUCUAUGCUAUUAAUGUGUUGACAAUGCGAAGCCUAUUAUGUUCAUUUCCACAUAACGGAAUGUGAUACAGGUUGGGGGGUUUGCAGAGAGAUGAAACAAAAGUGUGGAAGUAGUUUGAGGGCGGGAUGGGAAAAGUCAUGGGGAUAUGGUAUGGGUCUGACCCAGGGGUGGGGCUAAGGGACAGGUGUGUCAAAUCACAACGCUCAAAUGUUGACACGGGACUAUUUCGUAAAUGUGUGGGAAGUGUCAUAACAUUACUCAUAAUGGUAAAGUGAGAAUCGAAACUCAGCUGGUACUUUAGAAAUUAACGCUUGUAAAAUAGAUCCAUUCGCGCUUUCAAAUCUCUUGAGUAAGAAAACAUACAUUCCAUUACAAAAUAUAAUCAUAGGGGGACAAUUUGCGAUAUGAUGUAGUUAUUGCUAUAGGAUGUUAAGCAAUUAUUACAGAUGUAGGCAGCAGUGGUUGUUUGACACGCAACGUGCGCGUGGAAUAUAAUCUCGUUCUAGCGAUCGAUUGUGUGUCGAGGGUGUCCCGAAGUGGAGGACGCAAUGGAAGGAUAGCUAACAACUGAAAGUCCUCUGAGGUGAAAUAGACAAAACACUAUGCCGGUCGUGGGGCUUUUCAUGCCAUAGCAUAAUAACGUGAAAAUAUACCCCAUCAUCGUGCAUGUUCAUGCGCACUUUUCGAACUUAGAUAAAACUCAUUUCGUUUUAUGCCAUAAAAUGUUAGAAGGUAGAUAAGAUAAAAUUUGUACUUAGAAGAGGGAUUCCUUUGAGCAUAAUUGCAUUGAAAACACCACAGGGGACUUUCAAAGAGUUAUGGGUCGUUAUGCUAUCAAAAAGUAUCUUGUAAAUUGUAAAAUUGUGUAAAUAUCGUCAUUUUGUAGUUUUAUUCCACUUCCGAGCUCUCAUAUUCAUUGUAGAUUUUAUUGUCAUGCUCGCUAUGAAUAACUUUCCUGUAGUUGUUUUUUUACCUCAAAGGUCACAAAUGUGUAGUUGAGAGUGACCACACCGAAUUGCCUAGUGUUAAUCUAUUGCACCCCGGUCUUAAAUCUCCUUUAAGAACAGUUUGGAAUUUAGCGGCUAUCUCAAACUAUGAUAUAUAUAUAUAAAUGCAUACCUUAGACUCGAUUUUGCGGUUUUAAAGAAAUAUAUUUAUUGCUCCCAAGCAGAAUCUCUCAGAGUCUCAAAGGGAUUCAUCUUUUACCUUUUUCUUUUCCUUGAUGAGAGCAGGUAUUUCUUAUUUUAGCUUCUCUUUUCAUAUGCAAAGUGUGAUAUUGCCAAACAAUCAACAACUAUUGUAUUUAUCAAAUAUUAUUAUCUGUGGUCGAAUAUUUCCUCGGCUUCUAGAGUUUUGCAAACAACGGAUGACUUGGAAUAUUAAGAAGGCUUUAUUACAUAGUUGGCCAGUCUUUACGACAAGAGAACACUUAGUUUGGACAAUACUGGUGUGUUCAGCACAAAAUAGUAACUUUCUUAUUGUACAUAAAGAUAUGCCAAAUUUCCACAGCUUUGGAAAUAUUCGAUCAGAAAUAACGUGUGAUCCAAAAACAAAUUGUUUGAAAUUACAAAUAAAAAUUG